AUGGAUUUCAUCAAGACCAGUUCCCUGCGUGCUCUGAUUGAGUUAACUUUCCAACGCAACUGGAAUGGCCUCAUUUGGAUGAGUAGAAAAGGAGUUACAACCAAAAGAGUGAAGACUGUCCAGACGGCUCUAUCGAGAACAGCGCCCAACCGCGCAGUCCGGCUGGCCGAGAACGAAUGUUCCGCGCUCGGCCAAAUCACAUCCGUCCGUCUGAAGUCUCGGCCAAAGUUCCAAACCACCGGCCGAUCACGCAUCACGACCCGGGAAACAUUGUCCCGCGGUCGGCCAAGCCAACGCUCCACCGCGCACGACCGCGCGCGAGCCGGGAACAAGGCCUCGCGGCCGCGCAACCUUCGCGUACCACGGCCGAUGCAUCCGUCCGAGCCGGGAAAGAACGUCCCACGUCCGGCCGAGAAUCAUCGGCCAAAUCUCAUCCGCUCGACCACGCCGGCCGACCGCGAAUCCAUCCGCCCGACCGUUCCGACUCGCCCACGACCCGAUUGUCCGGCCGAUCGUCCCGCACGACCGUCCCAACGCCGCGGUCGACCCGAAGCCCUUUUUGAAGCCCACUUAUGUUUUCAAGCCCGGCUUAACCCUAAGCCGCCUCUAGAAAGACCUAGCACUAUAUAUAUGGAUUUUUAG